AUGGCGGACCAAGCCACAACGAGCCCAGCCAUUGGGAGCCCCCCAGGCCUCCAUUCAUCACGAGUCGCUGCCAUACAGGCACUCCUCCAACAAUGGACGCCUCUUCCGCAUUCGACGAAGUCACCAGAAGAGGAGUUCCAAGAAAAGUAUAAGGAAGCACAAGCACGUUUCGACACAGCGACCGCCUUGACGCGUGGCCAUUCAGAGGACCCAGCCUCGUACACAGCUAAGGUGGAUCAUGUCGUAUCCUGCGGAAUCCGCCUGAACGAACUAGUCGCAGAGCAUAAAGCACACAAGGAUGAUAAAGAGCGCAAGUAUCAGCAGUUGUUCUUGAGUCAACAGGUUGCUCUUAUUUUUGGGCUCCUCGACACAUUCGGUCCUGAGCUCGGUAAAGCGUUGUACAAGACGUGGCGAAUGCGUGGCCAGCGGCCUUUAAAUAACCCUACCCAGCCGAAUACUAUCGCUGGCUCAGCAGCUGAGGUGACGGCUAACUCGUCUUUCACUACCAAUACAAGCCCCGUCUCGCAACGACUACAUCCACAGAACGCUACGAAUGAAACCGCUCUUGUCCUUCCAGUCGCCGAAAGCUCUAGAGUUCAAGAAGCACGCACAACCGGCCAGUCUUCAGAAAAGGCCCAACAGCCAUCGCAAGCCCAGCAGAAGAGACCCGCGAGCCCUCCACACGCCAACCUAUCCCACCUAGCCAAGCGGUCCCGGCCAAACAUACCUCAGCCUCCAAAGUCACUUACCGGCGACCGAUCGAUCGACUUCGCCGACGUGUACCAGGACGGCAACGCCGAAACAAAAUACAUGAUCACCUCUCACAAGGAUUCUUGGUAUAUUCUAGAGUGCAAGAAAUGCAAACUGCACUUCAGGACCAUUAAUCCCGUCAAAGGUGCUCGAAAGCAUUUGACAUCAGGGGCGCAUGGUCACUUACAGCCCAAUCACGACCAGACAAUUAGUAUGCUCGGCACGCGGGUGAGAGACUGCACCAAGGAGCUGGCAGAUCUCAACAAUGACGUUACGCAAAGGCCUUCGUACGAAGCUCUAGGUAGACCUUCAAGCGUUCUUUCCACUGAGUCCACAAGCUCUAGCCGCGAGCACCCUCGAACGAGAAGCACCCAGGUCAUCCCCGGUCUGGACCCAAAGCCAGGUGAGAUUUACACCGCCUUCUGGCCAAAGACGAAGCAAUUCUACGCGAUCCUCGUCUUGCCGUGGGGCAGCUUCCGCCAGUUUGGUUGGGAAAUGACACUCAAGAGCUGCUCCGAUAUUCUAGACAGGGACAGGGAUAUUCCGAGCUGCUACAACUACGAUCGUGAUACAGAGAGUGUCGAGUGGACUGAGAACUACAAGCCUGGGGGCCGGUAUUAUCACAAGCGGAAAUAUCCGGUGCUCUAUUUCGAUGCGGCCGACGUUCCGGGGAAGUGUCUUGUCGGAUGGGUUGGCGUUAAUGAGUUUCGAUAUUACGAUCCUCAUGAUGCAGAGAUUCCUUUCAAAGACAAGGUCGAUGACUUUAUCCGAAGAAUGGGGGAGCGCAAUCUGUCGGGAGAUGUCGAAAUGGAUGCACAAGCUACUGACUCAGCCUCAGGCAAUGCCUCAGAUCAACAACAGAACACUGGAGCCGAUCAGCCACGGUUGGGAGCGUCUAUGCGUACAGCUAUUUAUGUCUCGGACGGCGAUGAUAGCGACGACGAUGAGGACGAGACUGAAGCUAGGCCGUCAACGGUGCGGCAACAACCGAAAGAGCCACGAGUAAAGACCGAGCCGACGAACGAAGAAGCUCCGACACAACCCUCCGAUGCUGCUACGGCGCAAACAACUACCAACUCGGUCGGCUCAGAGUCGGCGAAUCAGUGGAAUGGCCUUGAUCAUACACCGACUGUUCCAAACCCUGGCUCACGUGUUGAUGCCAACGGUAUGCUCAACACUGCGGUACCAAACACCUCUGCGGUUGAGGAUUCUAGUAUUUCUUCCUCUCAUGCGCCUCCCAGACCCGGUAGGCAGAUAUGCGAUGAGCUUCCAACACCAUGCUGGAGCGGGCCCCAGCCGCGAGAGCACCAAAUUGCUCCGAUCGAGGACACCGGUCCCCGUGCCCCAGAAGCCGUAAUGGCUCCCGGAGAUCCCCCAACAGCAAACGGACCAGCUCCAUUCGCACGCAUGAGCAAUCACGCUGCGUUGGAGAACUCUGCUCCGUUGGACCUGUAUGGCUAUCUAUCUCCUGAAUUCGCCGCAAAUACGACUGCAGAUGCCGCGGGGAAUGGUGGUUUGAUAUGGAUGACGCCGCGGACCGCGACGGAGGUAUCGCGGGACCGUGAGAUAGACAUCCGAAACGCAGCUGCGAGACGAACUAAUUGGCGGCAGCCAUUUGUCAGUGACGAUACUGAUUAA